GCUCUCCCGCAAUAACAUCAGAAUCUUUCUGAGGAUGCAGUCGUGACAGAAGACAAACGUACAGAACUGAUUUUUGACAACGAUGCGUGACAUACAAAUGAGAAUCUGAUGCUGAAUAUACAUGUCGGGGCUGUGAGAUGGUCAAGAAUCCGGAGUCUGUGAUGUUGAGUUAUGAGCGCCUUUCCGUGUGGCUUCUAGUGCCUGCCUGUAUUCUCUAUAGCCUAGCCUUUGUGUCUCAUGCCUGGUUCGAGUUGCCAGGUGUUUUCUAUGGUCUGUGGUGGGCUGAAUUCUGUGACUACCUUUCUUGUCAAAUAAUACCAGCAUUUUUCACUGAAGAACCAGUAUGGUACCACAUUCUACAGUUAGUGAGCUUAUUUGGAAUGGUUGCUAUGACCGUGUCUUUGGCACUGUUAGUCUCCAAAAGAUGUGAUUUCUUCAUCCCUGAAAAAAUGAGGCGGCAACAAACAGCAUCAGCUAUCGGAUUGUCAUCUGUGUUUGCCAUAUCCCUGGCUCUGAUGAUGUUCUAUGGGAAACUGGACGAGUCAAGUCCACGUGCCAGUCCCCAGAUCCGCUGGUCAGCUGUCAUGGCCGGAACAGCUUGCCUCUUGGAGUUUGGAGCAGCACUACUGUUACUGCAGACAUAAACAGAUCUGAAUAUUUUGCUGAAAUGACUCUAAUCUUCCAUUCUGUUUAAGACUUUGUACAGAAAAAAAAGAGAGAGUUUUGCUCUUAAUGGUAUCGCCUGGAGAAGAAAACUUUAAAAAAAGUUCUACAUAUAGGAACAGUCAUCUUUGGUUGUGUGUGAGGUAGUACUGCAAUGAAGCAUUUUCCUCAUAAUAUGAUACAUAUUGUGAUACUUGUCUCACUAUACAAUGCAUAUCACAAUACAUUUAUUUCGCAAAUAAUGACUGACA